AUGCAGUGCAUGACGGCCAACCUGAACUGCGGGUGGAUCCGGCGCAUGGAGCACGUGCGACAGUACGCGUUGGGUGUUGCGCUCAUGAUUUUGGAGGAGAGGCGGCACGACAUUGUGGCGCUGUGUGUGUUGUGUGGCGGUGGCAUGCCGGCGAUUGUGAGGGACGUGGAGGACACGGAGCUGCUUGACUGGGAAGAGGUGGCUUACGUUGCGGCGCAGCGGGAGCGCAUGACGGCUGCGUGCGGUGGGAGGACCCGACGAUCCCGAGGCCUGUGCUGGAGGGGCGUGUGUUCAAGUGAGCGUGGCGUGCCUGUGAGGGCCUGA